ACUCUCGAGACUGUGCGUAUUAGGGGAAAUACCGAGAGUCCAUAUAUAAGUGGUGGUGGGAAUGAAUGCUUCCUAACGUGUAAUGGGCACCAUGAAUCAUGGUAGUGAAUGAUGGCAAUCAUGGCACACUACUGGUUUAGCAUGGUCGGGGCACUGUGUACAUAUCGUGAUUCCAACUGCCCGAAUAGUCGUGCAAUUACCUCGCACCAUACGGAGUCGUCUUGAUUCCUGGCAGAUCGUACCAUGCAAAUCAGUGGAACGAGUUCUUUCAGAAACGCGUGUCUAGCCUGAUCCAGUCCGAAGUGAGUGGCAUGGAAGUAGGAAUCAAUCGAGCUCAGCGGAACGCGCGUACUUGCGCCUAGUCGUCCGAUGGCUUCAGGCGCCCGAUAAGAUCACCUUACACAAGGAUGGGAAGACUUUGUGCUGACAGUUUCAGGAGGUUGAACCAAAUUCAGGCCAAGUCUAUGAGAACCCGGGCUUCGGAGGAGAUAUGACUCGCCUCGCCAAAUAUCACGUUCUUUUUUGUUCCCGUUUUUUUUUUCAAUGGGUAUACGUAUUCCAAUUGUCGUCCGGACUGGGAGCACAAUGGGUUGACAUGCCAUUGUCAGUGAUAAUAGUAGGUGGGAGCGGGACAACCAUUGUCCAAUGAGUGUAUACGGCGCAACGAGUGUUCAAGAGGAACGGCAACCAUUUGGAAAGCAGACUCAAUUUAAUUUGGAUUUGCAAACUCGCAGUGUAAACAUAGAUCAGGUACCAAGGUGGAAACGCGCUACAUGGACUGACAUCAGUAGCCAAUUACUGUACUUGUACAGCUGCGGCGGAGUAGCUGCGCACAGUGAGAAGUCCUCUGGUGGAGAUGUCGGUCAGCAAGAGAGCAAGAAUUCGGGCAGGUUUCAGCGUCAUCAAGUGGCUAUAUUGUCAUGGAAAUGAACGGAGGUAGAUGAGGGCAACGGAGGGUUAGCGAGUUCGGUAGCCUCGUGUCACGACGACGAGGAACAGGAAGCAAAUGGCAAAAACAGACUAAAAAAUAAUCUAAAAAAUAAAUCAGCCCCCGCGGCUACGUCCGCUCACGUGA